AUUUUAGCAUUCUUGGAUGCUGAAAUAAGUCACAUGAUACCCAGUAUAGGUCAGUUCAUGGGAUCAAGGCGCCUCCCAGUCAAGUAUAAAGAAAAAGUAAAGCAACAUUACCCUGAGAUCUAUGAGGAAACAAAAAACUGGGCGAUCAAGAUCAAGAAGCAUGAAAAAAGUGACGAGUUCGAUCUGAAAAAGACCAAUAUAAUAGGAGAAGAAUCGACUUAUCAGAUAGAUCUCAAUGUUGAUGAGUUGGCUAAUGCCUUUUCUGAAUUAAAGAUUUAUCAACUUACCAAGCUUGUUAGAGAUAUAGCCAACAAUAAAAGUCAACCAAUCCCAACCAACAAAAUCAGCCUAGCCGGAAUCAACCAAGAGACAUCUAAGUGA